AGUCAUGAAUGUUCAGGGCCACACUCCUUGCCUUUGACGGCAGACUGUGGGAAGUCUGGCCCUCCCCCACCCUGCCACCCUUCUGCUUCUCUUCCCUUGCUCUGAAAAGAGAAGUACAAGUGAGUUCCCCCAAGGGGUCGGCCGCGCCCCUUCCUGUCUCCGCCCUCCUGGCUGCCCCAGGCCAGUAGAGUGGUAGCCCGGGAGCGGGGCAGCAGGUUGGGGUUGUUGGGAGGCCUGGGCUCUGAGAGCCUUGCUGGAGGCUCAGCCCGAGAGGUUUCCACCUGUCCAGACAGGCUGUGCCCUCCACAUUCUCAGCAGCCAAUUCAGCAAGAGCCCCAGGAUGGUGAGGUGGUUUCACCGGGACCUCAGUGGGCCUGACGCGGAGACCCUGCUCAAGGGCCGGGGAGUCCCUGGGAGCUUCCUGGCUCGGCCCAGUCGCAAGAACCGGGGUGACUUCUCCCUCUCAGUCAGGGUGGAUGACCAGGUGACCCACAUUCGGAUCCAGAACUCGGGGGACUUCUAUGACCUGUACGGAGGGGAGAAGUUCGCGACCCUGACGGAGCUGGUGGAGUAUUACACUCAUCAGCAGGGCAUCCUUCAGGACCGAGACGGCACCAUCAUCCACCUCAAGUACCCACUGAACUGCUCGGACCCCACGAGCGAGAGGUGGUACCAUGGUCACAUGUCUGGAGGGCAAGCAGAAUCCCUGCUGCAGGCCAAGGGCGAGCCCUGGACGUUCCUUGUGCGAGAGAGUCUCAGCCAGCCUGGCGAUUUCGUGUUGUCUGUGCUCAAUGACCAGCCCAAAGCUGGCCCAGGCUCCCCACUCAAGGUCACGCACAUCAAGGUUAUGUGUGAGGGUGGACGCUAUACUGUGGGUGGCUCGGAGACCUUUGACAGCCUCACAGACCUGGUGGAGCACUUCAAGAAGACAGGGAUCGAGGAGGCCUCAGGUGCCUUUGUCUACCUGCGGCAGCCUUACUAUGCCACUCGGGUAAAUGCUGCGGACAUCGAGAACCGGGUCUUGGAACUGAACAAGAAGCAGGAGGCCGAGGACACAGCCAAGGCCGGCUUCUGGGAAGAGUUUGAGAGUCUGCAAAAGCAGGAGGUAAAAAACUUGCACCAGCGCCUGGAAGGCCAGCGACCGGAGAACAAGAGCAAGAACCGCUACAAGAACAUUCUUCCCUUUGACCACAGCCGAGUCAUCCUGCAGGGACGGGACAGUAACAUCCCCGGGUCUGACUACAUCAAUGCUAACUACGUCAAGAACCAGCUGCUAGGUCCAGAUGAGAACGCUAAGACCUACAUCGCCAGCCAGGGCUGUCUGGAGGCCACAGUUAAUGACUUCUGGCAGAUGGUCUGGCAGGAGAACACCCGAAUCAUCGUCAUGACCACCCGCGAGGUGGAGAAGGGCCGGAACAAGUGUGUCCCAUACUGGCCGGAGGUGGGCACUCAGCGAGUCUACGGCCUCUACUCGGUGACCAACUGUGAAGAGCACGACACAGCAGAAUACAAACUCCGCACUUUACAGAUCUCCCCACUGGACAAUGGGGACCUGGUUCGGGAGAUAUGGCACUACCAGUACCUGAGCUGGCCUGACCAUGGGGUCCCCAGUGAGCCUGGGGGUGUCCUCAGCUUCCUGGACCAGAUCAACCAGCGACAGGAUCGUUUGCCUCACGCAGGGCCCAUCAUUGUGCAUUGCAGUGCGGGCAUUGGCCGAACAGGCACCAUCAUCGUCAUUGACAUGCUCAUGGAGAGCAUCUCCACCAAGGGGCUGGACUGUGACAUUGACAUCCAGAAGACCAUCCAGAUGGUACGGGCACAGCGCUCUGGCAUGGUGCAGACGGAGGCACAGUACAAGUUCAUUUACGUGGCCAUUGCCCAGUUCAUUGAAACAACCAAGAAGAAACUGGAGAUCAUACAAUCCCGGAAGGGCCAGGAGUCGGAGUAUGGGAAUAUCACCUACCCUCCUGCUAUGAGGAGUGCCCACGCCAAGGCCUCCCGUACCUCCUCCAAACACAAGGAGGAGGUGUAUGAAAACGUGCACAGCAAGAACAAGAAGGAAGAGAAAGUGAAGAAGCAGCGGUCAGCAGACAAGGAGAAGAGCAAAGGUUCCGUCAAGAGGAAGUGAGCUGGGCGUUUCAUCUGCAGGUGGCCAUGCAUCAGCCUCAAUCCCUGCAGAGGCCUCCACUGGACAGAUCAAGACCCCUGACUCACACCAGACCCUAGGACCACGGCCAUCCUCUUGUAAUUUAAAUGGCUGUGGUCCUCUGAACCUGUACAUAGCCCAGCAAGCCCCCAGGCAAAGCCAGACUUCUAUUCUUGUAAAUAAAGCCCCCGGACCACUGUG